AUGGAGGUCGAUAUGGGCCCAUGCCUUUCUGCGGAUAUGCCGAUCGGCCCCUGCUUGACGCCGCUUCCUCCCGAUAUGGGUCAGGAUAUGGGCGAAGAGGUGGAUAUGGGGCCCUGUCUCUCUCCUCCGCUCGAGGACAUGGGCAAGGAAGAGGACAUGCCAGUCGGCCCAUGUCUCUCGCCGCCGCUGGAGGAUAUGGGCGCCAUCGAUGGCAACGAGUUGCAGACGCCAAGGCACGAGAAGCUCGCGCCCGAGCGCGGUGAUAUGGAGCGUCAGAAGCUGCUCGCCAAGCUCUCGGACAGGUUGCCUGCCGAUGUGUUGGACCUCAUCAUGAGCCAACGCGCACGCAUCGACAUCCUCUCCAAGCUCAAGGGGAGCGAUCCACAUCUGCUGAGGAUGAUCCUCGCCGGGUUCCUGAUCACGGGCGCGGCCGCGAACAUCGCCGGUUGCUUCCUGGUGGGACCAUGCCUCGAUGUCGGCCCAUGCCUUAGCCCUCCCAUCGACAACAACGAGAACUGGGAUCAGGGCGGUGACAUGCAAGGCGACAUGGAACAGGGCGACCUCGAGGUCAUGCCCUGUUUGACCGCGCCUCCGCCCGAUAUGGAGGUCGGCCCAUGUCUUGGCGCGCUGCCUCCUGACAUGGGUCAGGACAUGGCCCCGCAGGAGGACAUGCCCGUGACGCCAUGCCUCGAUGUUCCCGCGCCCGAUAUGGGACAGGAUAUGGGCUCGCUCACGCAGCCUGUGGACAAAGAACUCCAGGUCGCGCAGCGCCAGGAGAUCCUCGACAAGCUCUCGAGCGGCUACAAGAAGGGGACGCUCACGGGUGAUGCCUUCUUGAACAUGGUCGAGAAGGCGAUCGUCGACUCCGGCGCGCGACAUGUGACAAUCACUGGCGGUGAACCUCUGCUGCACAAGCAAGCGCUCGAGGUCAUCGAGCUCAUCGGCGGGCUGACCGACUCGAUGCAGAUCAUCACCAACGGCAGCCACAUCACCGAGGAGGUCGCCCAGGUCUUCAAGAGGAGCGGCAUGCGAUCUGUGCAGCUCACGCUCCUCAGCGCGAGCCCUGGAAAGCACGACCUAUUAAAAGGCGCGCAAUGCUUUGACGACACGGUGCGCGCAGCGCUCACGCUUCGCGACUACAAGAUCCCCGUGCAGGUCUGCUUUGUCGCCAUGCGCGCCAACUGGGAGGACUUCGAGGAGGUCGUCGAGUUGUGCCACCUGCUCGGCGUCUAUCAGAUCUCUUACAAUCGCAUGUCACCUACAGGUGGCGCGGUGCACCACAUCAACCGAUUGAUGCCCGAGGUCGCGCACGUCAAGGCGAACCUCGAGACCGCCGAGCGGUUAGGCCGCAAGUACAACAUCCGCAUCGCCACGGCGAUGCCGAUCCCGCCGUGCCUCGUGCGCAUGGAGCGCUACCCCUGGGUCGAGUUCGGCUUCUGCUCCACGGGCACCGAGUCGCCAAACCUGACGAUCGAUCCGCUCGGCGUGGUGCGCUCGUGCAACCUCUCGAGUCAUCCUCUGGGGAACAUCGCGCACGAGGAGUGGGACGCGAUCCAUACGCGCAUCCUCGAGUAUCAGGAUGACUUCCGGGACAACGUGCCCGAGGUCUGUCGCGGGUGCGCCUACGAGCGAAGCUGUCAGGGAGGUUGCAAGGAGAGCGCGUUCGCCACGUUCGGUGACACCGCGCACCCCGAACCCUUUCUGCACCUGGCGCACUCCCCGAACUGGCGCGAGGAUCUGGCGCUCGAGAAAGAGGCGCCCCGGAUCAUCAAGUGGACCGAUAUGGACUUUGGCCUCCCUCACCUUGUGAGCAUCGGAGGUUAUAUCCAGCAGGAGCUCGACGUGCGCGUCGAGCUGCUCGACCUGAACUACGAGGGCGGCGAUCACAGGCACCUCGAGCGCGUGCUCGACGACCUUGGACCCUACCUUUUGAUCGGCAUAUCCUGCUUCUCGAGCUUCGAUUACAUGCGGGUGAUGUCGCUGGCGAGGUUCUGCAAGAAGCUCUACCCCGACGUCCCGAUCGUCACCGGCGGUUAUCACGCCUCGGCGUUGCCUGAUGAUGUGCUGUUCGAGGACUCCCCCUUCGACGCGGUGAUUCCUGGCGAGGGAGAAGCCCCGAUGCGUCAGAUCGUCGAGAAGUUGCUCGGCGGCGAAAAGCUCGAGCGCAGGGUGUGGCCCAAGGGGGUCGUCGAGGAUAUGGACGCGCUGCCGCCUUAUAAAUGGGAGCUCCUGAAUCGCUACUGGCCGCGCGCACACGAGAUCGGGCGCAAGUUCCAGAUCUACCUCUCUCGCGGCUGCGUCUAUCACUGCACCUUCUGUAUGGAGCGCGCCAAGUCGGGUUAUCGUUGGCGCUCUUACAGCCCACAGCGCGCAGUCGCGGAGCUCGAGCGGCUCUCGACCUUCACCGAUCUUUCGCGCUGGGUGAUCAACCUCGCAGAUCCUCUGUUCGGGUUUCACCGCGAGUGGCGCCGAGAGGUCCUGCAGGGAAUCAUCGACAAGGAUCUUCUGCCCAGGCAGUACUGGACGCUGACGCGAUCGGAUGACUUGCACGAGCAAGACAUCUCGCUGCUCGCGCGCGCGAACUUCUCGAUCGGCAUCGGAAACAUCAUCGUCGGGCACCCCGGCGAGACGCCCGAGUCGAUGCGGGAGACCUUCGAGUUCGUCACCGAGUUGUUCACCUCUGCGAGCGAGACGUGUGGGUGGCUCUCGCUCGAUCCAUUCCGCCUGUAUCCGGGCAGUCACGUGCACGAGCAGAUGGCGCAUUACGAGCUCGAGUAUGGCACGCGCUUCUAUCACAAGGAGUGGUGGAAGAGCUGGUACGAUGGGCCUUUCCGCGCCGAGCACCUGGACGCCAGUGAUACCGUGGACUUCGCCACGCGCGUCAACUUCAUGUACGACAACUACGCGCCGUUGAUGAAAGAGAUCCUCGACAAGUUCCGCGGUCAGGGCCGCUCCAUCGACCGCGUCUUCAAGCGCAGCCUGGAGGAGCAAACGCACCAGAUCAGCGAGGUUCGUCGCCAGAGCCUGCUCUCGCAAGCCGCGCGCACCAGGACCGCGCUCGAAGGGAAGAUGGCGCCAAAGCACACCGAGGCGAGGCAGCAGGUGCUCGACUUCCCGCUCGGCCUGCACAUCAAGGACGAGAACGUACGGCUUCGCGAGGAGGCCGUGCGCAGGUUGCUCGAGCGAGGCGUGCUCCGCACCGCCUCGCUCAUCGAAGCACUGCUGACCACCCCCGUGCACACCUUCCUCGGCGAAUCCAACGCGCGAAAGAUGCUCUCUGGCCACGGCGAUACACCCGAGGUCGAGGGGUUGCCUCCAGGUUGGUUUGGCAUCGGCGUCUACGCCACAGCAUUCGAGGCGCUCAACCCUGGCGCUGGCGAGCGCGUGUUGGACGCGCUCGCCAGCAAUGGAUGGGUCGCCUCGGUGUUCUCGCAGAUGGUCGGCCCUCAGGGCGAGGUCUUCGCGAUGAACCCUGGCGACUUCGACUCGGGGUAUACGCUCUCGACGAGCUUGCGCGAGGUCGCGCACAACACACGCGUCUUUGCCGGACCCGCGACGACGCUCCCGGAGCCUGCGAGCACCGAGUUGGACGCGAUCUGGCUCGGCGGCGCCCUCCCCCUGGCGCCCAAACCCUUCCGCGAGGCGCUCGCCGAGAAAGGCCGCCUGGUGACCUUCCUCGGGCCAAGGUUCGAUGAUCAGGAUCUGGUCUGCAUCACCAAGAGCGAGGGCGAGUGCAAGGAGCGCACGCUCGGUCGCACGCGAGCGCCGAUCCCGAUGCCGGGCGAUGCGGCCAACGUGCAUGUUCCCGGCAGAGAUCCUGUGAGCGACGCGUUAUGCGCCGCGUGGGCGGCGGCCGAUGCGGGUUCGCGGCUUCGGGCGCAGAUCACACCGCUCUGGUAUGAGACCGCCGAGGAUUACUUGCAAAACCCCGAAGCCGCGAACCCGCAUCGGCUCGACAGCCCACGCCAGAACAGCGAGACGCUGGCGAGUCGACUGAGGGAGGGGGUCCGGGCCCUGAUCGACGAACAGAACAUGCAGGCGGUGCUGGGCCCGGCCCCCCUCCCUCAGUCGACGCAUCGCUGGCUUACGGAGACGCGAUCUGCGCUCUACGAGCGCUCGAGCGAGGCGCCAAUGUUGAGGAUCAUUCACACGCCAGCGCUCGGCUAUACGUGGCGAGGGGUUCACUUCACGCGCGGUCGCGCCACCGAAAACAAGGCCGGCGAGCGCGUCAUCGCCGUCUCGCUCGACGCCGACCCCGAGCAACUCGCCAUCCAGUUGCUGCACGAAGAAACCCACCCGGUGACUGACCCCGCCAUCCUCGCGCGCCACGAGAACGUCGCGCGCCGCACUGACGGCAAGGGCCAGGGUGGCGCGCUGCAUAUGGAGCUCGAACAACUCGUCGUGGACGUGGACGCCGCCAUCAUCGCCGCACGCGCCCCGGAGCUAUCAGAAGCUUACGAGCUCUGGCGCGCGCAGUUCGGGAUGUGA